CUUCUGUACCGUGUGAACUCGUACCUGCCUGUAAGCGACCAGCUUUCAAAACAGCUGUUGCUGACGGCUCCCAGCUGGCUCUUCCCUGGCUCCCAGCUGGCUCUCCCUGGCUCCCAGCUGGCUCUUCCCUAGCUCCCAGCUGGCUCUUCUUGCCCACAUUUCCAUCUGCUUUCAUCCAAAACAGUGUUGUCAUUUUACAUUUCUUUUUUAAAUUGUGCAGCGAGUUUAAAUUGAUGAUAAACUCAUCAUGGGUGCCUCCGAGCUUAGUAACCAAACCCCAGAUCCAUCCCCGGGUCAGGAGGCCAGGUAUAUUGCCAGCCUCGACCUCGGAACGACAACACUUCGCUGCUUCAUUUAUGAUACAAAUGCUCACGUCUGUGGGAAGGCAGAGGAGAAGGUGACCCUUCUGUAUCCAGCCCCAGACCGUGUGGAGAUGGACCCAGAUGAACUCUGGGAGAAAUUGAUCAAAGUUAUAAAUGAUGCUAUAUCUAAUGCUGGCCUAAAUUCUGGUAACAUUCGUUGCCUCGGCUUAAGUACUCAAAGAGCAACUUUCAUCACUUGGGACCGACGAACUGGUGAAACAUUCCACAACUUCAUUACGUGGAAGGAUAUUCGUGCAGAUUAUUUAGUCAAACAAUGGAAUGCUUGUUUUACAAUGAAGACAAUACGUUUUGUUGGGUCUAUUCUGUACAAGAUUCUGAGAAGCAAGAGAUAUCUAGCUGCAAGUGUAAUUCAAUUUAUGAAUAUUCAAGUAAACAUGAGGUUAAAAUGGGUUCUUGAAAAUUGUGAACGAGUGAGGAAACUGGCACACGAAGGCCAUGUCAUGUUCGGCACCAUUGACACGUGGCUCAUCUAUAAACUGACUGAAGGAAAGAUCCAUGCCACAGAUUAUUCCAAUGCCAGCGGAACAGCAUUAUAUGACCCCUUCAUAGAGGACUGGAAUGAUUUUUUUCUUAAACUCUUCGACAUGCCAAGGAGCAUCUUCCCUGAGCUACGCAACUCUGUGGGAGACUGGGGAGUGUGUUCACCCAAGUUCUUUGGCGUUCCUCUCCCUAUAACAGCAGUGGUGUCGGACCAAGGUGCCUCCCUAUUUGGUUCGUGCGGAUUUCGGCAAGGGGACGUGAAGGUCACUCUGGGGACUGGUGCUUUCCUCGAUGUCAACACUGGCAACAAGGCCCAUGCUUCUGUCAAAGGAAUAUAUCCUGUUCAUGGCUGGAAAGACAAUGAAGGAUUGAUACACAUGGCUGAAGCCUCCUCAAAUGAUAAUGGAACUGUAAUUGAAUGGGGGCAACAAAUAGGCUUGUAUGAAAAAGCUUCGGAAACGUCAGAUAUGGCAAGCUCUGUUAAAGGUCCCAGCACUGUGUUCUUCAUUCCUGCAUUUCAAGGAAUACAGGCACCCUUGAAUGAUGCUAGAGCUACAGGUGGCUUUCUUGGGCUUAAUGCUGGCACCACACGUGCACACAUGGUUCGUGCUAUGCUAGAGUCUCUAGCAUUCCGUAUAUACCAGAUGUAUAGUGCCAUGCUCAAUGAAGCAGACUACGAACUUCUUAGUCUCAGUGAAAGUUUACCCCUCAGAGUUGAUGGGGGUGUUGCACAGAAUGACUUCUUGAUGCAGACCAUUGCCACGUUGACUGGAAAGAACCUCGAGAGACCAACAUCUAUUGAUGUUUCGGCUUUAGGUUGUGCAUUUUUGGCUGGUAUGGGUGCAGGCUUAUGGAAGACCCGUGCUGAGCUCAUCCCACUGAGACAGGUAGAAAAAGUGUUCUAUCCACAAAUGAACCUUCAGCCUCAACUCCUGGAGCAAAUGAAGGAAUGGGAGAGAGCACUACAGCGCUUUACAAAGUGGCAUACGAAAAGCAGUUUAAACAUAGGCAAGUCCAAGGAAUCUUCUAAUCCAUAUCGGCAGGCUCAUAAUAUUUGUCAUUGUGGUCAUCAAAAAUAUUCCUCCACAUCAUUCAAAACUUCAAAAUGUAGUGUUCAAUCUUCGUCUACUGUAGGAGUAAAAAAUCCAGAGGGUUACACAGAUUUGUCCAAGACAUGUGAAACAACUUGUGCUGGGCAUCACUUGGGUGAGGGGGCAGCUUGUGUUUGUGGGGCUGAUCUCGGGAAUAUGCCGGAUCACAAGAGAUGCACAAGUUGUUCACUGCAUCUGGCCAAUACUUCAGGCUAUGGCUAUAUGGGAAAAAAAAGUAAUUUUUUGCUUGCUGUGAUUUUUCUAUUUAUAAGCUGUGCUCUUUAUUGGACACUUCAUUAAAUUGUGAAGCUCAAGGGUGUGUUGAGCUAAUUUUAAGUCAUUUGGUGGCUGAAGAAUUUGUCAAGCAUGUUUAUUAACAAUAUUUUUAUAGUUUUAUAUUAUAGGUACAGUAUUGACUUUCCAUUUCUUUAUCUUAUUUCAGCAUAAAUACUGGAAAUAGAACCCAUCUUUGAGACAUUAGUGACAGUAUUGGUGCCAUUUGCAUAUCCCAUUAUAAGGAGUGUAUAGCCUAAUGUUGUAUAAACAAUGUCCAUUACAAUUCUUAGGAAGUUUCAAUUACUGUACAGUAUAAUUUAUUUUAAUACUGUAGUACAUAUUAUAUAAUAUUGCAGUUCAAAUAAAUGGUAGAUUAUGCAUAUUAAAAAGCCAUUCACAAAACUAUCGGUUAUAUAAGAUUUUAAUUACAGGGGGUCCACGACUUUUGAACGUCUUACAAACUCCUGUUAAUACAAACAGGUAAUCAAACGGUCUCUCAAGUUCAAUUUUUCAUCCUGAUCCACUGUAUGUAAAUCAAUUGCAAUAUAUUCUUUUAUUAAUGUAAUUAGACUUCUUUACUCUUCAAAAUUGGUCAACUUUUAAAAGCAGGAUAACUCCUCUAUUCAGAAAAAUAUGCAAUAUUUCUUAUACUAUUUGUCCCCAAAAUAUUGAUUGUGAUAAUUUUUGGUAGUCCAGAAACACAUCCCCCAAUUUAUAACAUUAUCUCUGUGCAAAAUCUGAUUCACUGUUCUAAAGAACUGACUUAAAAAGGUCUUUUUGGAUCGCAUCCCACUUGCCUGGGACCCUGUUUAUAAUAUGGUUGCACUGCACAAAACCCUCCAAUAAUGUUAUGUUAUGAUCAAUAUUUUUUAUUAAUAAAGUGUAUUAGGUUUAGAUUUUAUUCUCACUGCUGUUUAACAGAGGUUACCAUGUUGAUGGCUAUUAUUUGCCUUUCUUGUAACACGUUUGACAACAUCGACCAAAUUGUUUAUGUAAAUUUGUUGAAUGUAUUCCACGAAGAUAUUUUUCAAAUUGCCAUGUUAAAAGUAGUGAUACUUUUCCAAUUUCCUCCACAAAAAAUAUUGAGCAGCAUUUUAAAUGAGAAAAAACGUUUUUAUUACAUUAUCAUAAAAUUGUUAAAUGUUGGUGUUUGCGUAAAUGAAUUGGUCGAUAAGUCAUCGAUUUCUUCUACUUGCUUUCUGAACCAAGCUGCAGGCAGGUUGGCUAGAAAGCCUGUUAUGAUUGCAGGAAAGCACAAUAAUAACCUUUUAAGAAUGACCUCGCAUGUUGCUUUAAACUUCUGUGGUCACACACACCCAACUGUAAAUGUAAGUUGUUGAGUUAUUUAAAAAUUUGGUGUCAAAAUGUUUGCAAAUGAAUUCUCUAUGAAAUAGAUGCAAAAGCAAGUGUAUUAUAAUAAAUUAUACAAUACAUGAGUGAUGAAUAUACGAAUGUUUAUGAACAGCAAUCAGAUGUCACAGUUUAGACACAUUAAAACAUUUAUUUUUGAAGAUUCGGAGGUAUAUUUUAAGUCUUCAGAACAUGAAUGCUUAAGUGUUGACGAAGAUGCCAUGAUCAGGUACUGUAAAAGGAGAGUAAAAUAUGUACCCCAGAGUCCUGACUCGGGUACAUAUUUACUGUGAAGUGAACACGUGCACAAAGUAUUGUGGUGAAUUAUGUUGCCCUGCCAGGAAAUCAAACCCAGGAUAAAUUGGUGGAUUGCCUUUCAGAAAUAUGCUAGCACUCGAUGCGUUACAGCCGAGUGAUCAUCUGUUAACUGUUUGACAGCUGAAUUAUAUUUAUACAGUAACAAGUUUAUGCAAUUCUAGAAUUGAAUUCAGUAGAAUGAUUGAGUUAUACUGUGUAAUAAAUACAAGACAAUAAAGCUGUUCAGUUAAUAAAUAUUAAAUUGCAUGAUAAACAUGUACUGGUCAGUGCAUAUUUGAGGGGUAGUGUGUAUAUAUAUUCAGUGUACAGUGUAUAAUUAUAUAUAUAUAUAUAUAUAUAUAUUGUAUUCUUUGAAACUAAGAAAUAGGUGCAUGUUAGCAUUAUAAAUUUUAUUUUUAUAACGCAAAUACUGUUUAUACAUGUGUGCAAUGGAUUUUGUUGUACAGUAGUGGGGCGUGCUUAUACAUUUAUAUAUUCGUGUAAGAUAUCACUGUUCCUAUUACAAAUUGCCAAAAUAUAUGGUAAUUUUAUUUGUAAACUGAUAGUGCUUGUGGAAUUGGAUAGAAGCAAUUAUAUAUGCAUGCAGUUAUUUUAAUAUUUAGAUUCUUAAAAUUUAGAUUUUUAAAA